UUGUACAAUAUGUGGUAACCCUAAACCUAGCGCACAGGCGUUUAAAAGGAGUAUUUAAGCAGUACCGCAUUUCAUUCACCCAUCCCGAAGCAGUUGGAAAAGAUGGAGUUGUUUCCAAGUCUUGUUUUUCUGGCCUGCGCUCUGUGCGCCUUCGGUUUGGAUUUGCCCAGACCGCCGUGGCAACCCUCGCCUAACGAUAUGCAUCCGCCCCGCUCACGAUCAGGCUUACAGGCAGGAGACAUUGUGGAAGGCGACAUCGUGUUAGAUCGUAAUACGGCGGCCAUUAUGCGCGGAGAGUCGAGGAACGCUAUGGCCAACGUGAAGAAGUGGCCGGGGGGUGUCGUACCGUAUGUAUUGGACGCCAGUGUUGAUGCCCACCUGGAGUCCCAGAUCUAUAAAGGUAUUGAGCAUUACCACAAAUACACGUGCCUGCGAUUCGUCAAAAGGACCACCGAGAAGGACUACAUCCGCGUCAUGAAGCCUCAGUCAGGAUGUAAUUCUAUGGUUGGUGUCAUGGGCGGCGAGCAGAUCUUGAACAUGGGUGACGGAUGCCAGUACGUUGGUCUUGUGCUUCACGAGUUCGGCCAUGCAAUCGGGUACUUCCACGAGCACAACAGACCAGACCGCGACAACACCAUCAACGUUCUCUGGGACAACGUCCAGCCAUGGUUCAAGGACGCUUUCAAAAAGUACCAGUUUAGCGAGGCUAACACCCAGGGACUACCCUACGACCUUACCUCCAUCAUGCACUACGAGAAUACGGCGUUCGCUAAAGCUGGCUUCUGCAAGACCACCAUUACGGUAAAGAGCGAUCCCACAUACGAAAUCUCACCAGUCUACCUCCGGGAGUUCAGCCCACAGGAUAUUAAGAAGAUCAACAUGCUGUAUGGGUGCACAACAAACCAGCUUCCUCCAGUUGUCCUUCCUGGAACCGGAAACCCAGACCCUAAUGCGUGUGUAUGCGAGGAUAAGUACAAGGACAGAUGCCCUGGCUGGGCGUCAUCUGGAGAGUGUAGCAAUAACAACGCGUGGAUGAGCAACAACUGUCCUAAGUCAUGCAGAACCUGCGGAGAGCCUGACUCCGAUUGCAAGGACGAGUUUCCCGUUGCCUGUAAUGACUGGGGUCUUCAGAGCGAAUGCACGAACAACCCGCAGUGGAUGAACGACAACUGUGCCAAGACUUGCGGAGCAUGCGGCACCGGUGUCCCACCCACGGAAGACCCCAACCUGUGCGAGGAUAAGUACCCUAAGUGCAGCUCAUGGGCCAGUACUGGCGAGUGCAGCGCUAACUUCCAGUGGAUGCACCAGAACUGCAAGAAGAGCUGUCGAGUAUGCGGAGAGCCACAGACAGACUGCAUGGAUAACUUCCCCCAAGCGUGCCAGGACUGGCAGAAGGUCGGCGAGUGCGCGAAGAACCCCAUCUGGAUGAAAGAUAACUGCAAGAAGACGUGCAAUGCGUGCAAUGGCGGAGGCUCCGGCACCACUGUUGCUCCUCCCCAGACCACUGUAUCCCCAGGUACCCCUGUGCCUCCAACCGACGAUCCAGACUGUACUACAGAGACACCAGACACACAACCCCCCACCCAGCCCCCAGUUACCCAACCACCCGACACCCCCGUCCCGCCCACCCAACCGCCUGUCACCGAUGCACCUGCUCACUGCAAGGAUAUCUACUCGGACUGCCCCGAAUGGAAGGGUUGGGGUUGGUGUAAUGAUGGGGGGCAUGACGAGUACAUGAAAAGUGUCUGCAAAAGAACUUGUGACUAUUGCGGUGGUACUACAAAGGCACCAGACACACAACCCCCCACCCAGCCCCCAGUUACCCAACCACCCGACACCCCCGUCCCGCCCACCCAACCGCCUGUCACCGAUGCACCUGCUAACUGCAAGGAUACCUAUUCGGGAUGCCCAAAAUGGAAAGGGUAUGGCUGGUGUAAUGAUGGGGACCAUGAUAAAUACAUGGAAGAAGUCUGUCGCAAGACAUGCGGCUACUGCGGUGGCGGCUCAGGCAACUGCAAGGACGUGUACCCUAGCGAGUGCCCCAAGUACAAAGAGUGGGGCUUCUGCACCGACCCCAAGUACGACAAGUAUGUCCGUGAGGUGUGCAAGUUCACCUGCAACCACUGCUAAUAUAAGGGGAAGAAGAUCCGCACUGCAACAGAAUCGUCAUGGGGAUAAAGUAAAAUGUGUUUAAAUGUAAUACUCUUUGACCAAUAAAUAAUGUGCGUACCGUA